CCAGAAGGCGGGGCUUACGUCCAUGCUCGGCUGAGUGACUGGACGGUAUGUUCAUGACGACAUACGGAAGUGAUUCUUGUGGCGUGUGGAUGUUGGCUGUAACUCGAAAUCAAACAUGGAACAUAGUAAUGAUGGGAACCUGGCUCAGGUCCAGCAUGUUGUGUUGGUCCUGUCGGGAAAGGGAGGCGUCGGCAAGAGCACCAUCACUACUGAACUGGCGCUGGCUCUUAGGAAUGCUGGAAAGAAGGUUGGUAUCCUGGAUGUCGAUCUGUGUGGGCCCAGUAUCCCCCGCAUGCUGAGUGUUGGCCGGCCAGAUGUGCACCAGUGUGACUCAGGAUGGGUGCCUGUCUACACCGAUGCCAAGAAGAGCCUCGCCCUGAUGUCCAUAGGUUUCCUGAUGGAGGACCCAGACGAAGCCGUGGUGUGGCGGGGACCCAAAAAAACAGCUUUGAUUGGCCAGUUUGUGUCAGAUGUAGCAUGGGGGGAGCUGGACGUGCUGCUGGUGGACACACCACCAGGGACAUCUGAUGAGCAUUUGGCAGUACUGGAGAACCUCAAGAAACACAGGGUGGAUGGUGCCGUUUUGGUGACCACGCCGCAGGCCGUAUCCACAGGGGAUGUAAGGAGAGAGAUCACCUUCUGCAAGAAGACAGGUGUACGAAUCCUGGGCAUUAUAGAGAACAUGAGUGGCUUUGUUUGUCCGCAUUGUUCUGAAUGCAGCAAUAUAUUUUCAAAGGGUGGCGGUGAAGAGUUGGCCAAACUCACUGGAUCUGAAUUUCUAGGUUCUGUGCCCUUGGAUCCCCUGCUCAGCGCUAGUAUAGAGGAAGGCAAAGACUUUGUGCAGUCAUUUCCCAACAGUGCCACCUUCAGCGCCCUCACUAGCAUUUCACAGACUCUGCUCAGCAGCCUCCAAGCAGCUUGAUCACAGGAAAAAUAUCAAUGUAGAAUUUCUAGACAUUAUAUAAACAUCUGCCUUGUGCAUUUUGUACCGUAUUAUUAUACAUGAAACAAUUUGCUGAUUAUCUUUUUUCUUUAUUUAAAGUCUGUCUGUUAUCAGUACAGUACAGGCAUUUGGUGUCUUUAUCUUUAAAUUCUUCUGUUGUACUUCGAGUCGUUAUCCACAACAUGAAGAUAACUCGUUCUUACAGUUAAAAGGAAGUGGUGAAAACUGUUAUUCAGCUGGUCUGUUUUAGCAAUUUUGGUGACAUUGGGGUAGGUUCAAGGGCAACACUGCUUGUAGAGUUUUUGAACUGUUUUACAGUGAGAGUACAGAACACGUUUGUACUAGGAAGCUGGUCAAAUUAAAGUACCAAUGUUA